AUGAGCCAAGAUAAUCUUUUGUACAUCGUUAAUAGUGAGAUUGGAACAUGUACGUGUUUAGUUGGCAUGAAUGGAGCACCCUGCAAGCAUCAGGGUGCUGUUGCAAUGAAGUUUCACAUUCGAAUAUUAAACUUUUUUCCAUCACUAACACCUGACGACCGUAUGGUCUUUAUAUACAUUGCACUUG